GGCGCCAUUGGCCCGGGCGGGGCGAUGACAUCACCGGCGCGGCGGGGGGGCUCCGUUCCGGCGCGGCGCGGCCAUGGACCGGCGGCGGCGGGGCCCGGGCGAGCAGGAGUGACCCGUCUGUGACGCCGGUGGGAUCCCAGCCGUGGAGCCCCAGCUGUGAGCACCGGCGGGGCCGGCGGGACACGGUGCAGCUCUGCCCAGCCUCCCCUCACCGCCACCAUGCCGAUCCUCAAGCAGCUCGUGUCCAACUCUGCCCACUCCAAGCGCCGCUCGCGGGCCGACCUGACGGCCGAGAUGAUCAGCGCGCCCCUGGGGGACUUCCGCCACACCAUGCACGUGGGGCGCGCGGGGGACGCCUUCGGGGACACCUCCUUCCUCACCAGCAAGGCCGGGGAGCCGGCGCCGGAGGCGGGCGAGGAGCCGGGAGCCUCCAAGCCCAGCCUGCUGUCCCGCCGCUUCCGCAGCAGCAAGCGCUCGCAGUCGGUGACGCGCGGUGACCGGCGGGACAUGCUGGGCUCGCUGCGGGACUCGGCGCUCUUCGUCAAGAACGCCGUGUCCCUGCCCCAGCUCAACGAGAAGGAGGUGGACAGGAGCGCAGGGCAGCUGCCCAAGAGCCUCUCCUCCAGCCCCGUCAAGAAGCCUGAGGAGAUGAGCCCCGAAGAGCAGCAGCGCCCGAACGGGGCGGCCGCAGGGCCGCUGAGCCCCAGCUUGGACGAGCGCGACUUCGGGGACAUCACGGAGCUGCCCGUCGUGGUGGCCAAGGCCGGGGUGGGCAUGAAGCACGCCGAGUCCAUCAUGUCCUUCCACAUCGACCUGGGGCCCUCCAUGCUCGGGGACGUCCUGAGCAUCAUGGAUAAGGAUCAGUGGGAGCAGGACGAAGACCCCGAGGCGGAGGAGAGCCACGAGGAGGAGGGGGAGGCCGCCCUGCCCGGCUCCCCGGUGGUGGCCGUGGCGGCCCCGCCGAGCCAGAGCCCGGCCCGUGGGCCCAGGGACAGCAGUCCAGCAUCCAGCUGCACCUCGGGGCCCAAGGAGCACAGCCCUGUCCCCAGGCCACCGAGCCAGCGGGGGGGGCCCCCAAAACGCCCCGACAGGGAGUUCUCGUUUGCUGAUGAAGAUGAUGAUGAGAUACGAGUAUAAAGGAGGGCGGCCGAGCCGAGGGUCUGGUUCUCACUGCGGUUCUUGGACAUGGGGCUGAACACCCCGGUGCUGCAACGGUGGCACCAGGGAAGAUGUGACUCCUCCCUCCUUCCCUCUCCCUGUGCCAUGGCAGGACAGUGAUCUGCUCCCAGGGCUGGGGGCAUUCCUGACAUCUCUCAGCACUUCCUGGGAGGGGAAGGCAGACUCAGUUUUGGUUCUUUCUGUUGGACUUUGGAUAUUAGCUCUUCUCUCCUGCCCCCCUGCCCACGUAAAGCAAUUUAGGAUCCAACAAGACGAGCCUUUGGAGUUCUAGCCCCUGUAGUAAUAUAUAUUUUUUUCCCUGCCGUACGGUUUUUACUGUUUUCUGAUUUGUACUUAACUUUCUUUACUCUCACUUUUGGUUUUAACGGAGGGGAGAUUUCCCGUGAGGAAGAACUUGGCUCUGGAGCUCAGAGAUGGCCCAGGACUGUGGGCAGCUUCACCUCCUUGGGUUUCUUGUGGACUUUCUGCAGACCAAGAGCCUCCAGCCCUGUGCCAUGGCAGGUGCUUGGAUGCAUGGAUGGAUGGAUGGAUCCAUCCCAGAUGCUUGACCCUCCAGCCAGCCCGGGGGUCACAGGGAUGCCCCCAGCCAGCCCAGGCACCGGCUGCUCCUGGGGGUGCUGAUGGAAGCAUGGGUCUGUCCCCCUUGGAGGAGCACCUGGAAGCCCCCUGAGCCAGGGAGCCCUGAUGUCCCGGUGCUGUGGGGCCAGUGGGGCCGGGCAGUGCCAACACUGGGCUGGUGCAGGCAGCUGGAACAGGAGGUUUUAUACCAUGUAUGUACAGAUGCAAAGAAUAAAAGGAAAUGGUAGUGACUGCAA